CUUGCGCGCCGCAGCUGUGGCAGGCAGGAAGCGACAAGCGACAACGCGGUUCCGUCCUCCCCACGGCCCCGCCCGUCCAUCCUCUGGCCCCCCGCGGCCGCAACGCAAGACCGGAGCAGCCCUUCACGUUCACCCCGCUCGCUCGUCCGUCGGCCCCGCUCGCACAGGCGCAGCGCCCCAAAAAGUCACCAUUUUUUAGUACCAAACGCUGUCCCAAGCACCUGCCCGACCCCCUUCGCUCGUUCGCUCGCCUCCACUCCCCGACCUCCUCGGCUCCUCCUCUCGUGUCCUUCCUUCGUCGCCUCACUCCCUCUCUCUUUUUCCCCCAAACCCGAACCCCUAGUACGCGCGGAGAGGGCGGAGGUUGAGGGAGUGGUGGAACCCUAGCGCGCGCGUGGCGGCUGCGGCCAUGGACGCGGCGCGGAGGGAGAGGAGGCACCACAGGAAGGCCGCGGCGGUGGCAGCGGGUGGUGUGGCUGCGGGUAAGGUCGGUGGCGGGGGAGAGGCUGCGGCAGCGGCGGCGCGGGCGGCGUACGGGGACGUGUUCGGCGGGCCACCGCGCUUCGCGGCACCGUUCGGAGGGGCGCCGCUGGACUACGCCGAGGUGUUCGGGGGCGUCGCGGCCACCUGCUCCAUCCCGUACCUGCACCUGCCGCCCGCGGCCGCCGUCGGGGGCGACGACGGCUUCUUCGGCCGCGGCGGGAAGGGGGAUUAUGGGGAGAUCUUCGGCCGGUUCGACUUCGCCGACUUCGCGGUGCCGUACGAGGACCUCUUCGGUGAGCCGGAGCCGGAGAGGGAGGAGAUCGCCUCGUCGAGCGGGAGUUCGAGAUCAUCGAUCAAAAAAGAAUCCACCGAGCUGGAGGCUGAGCCUCCUAUACUUCCUCAACAUUAUCAAAAUCUGGAUCAUCGUCAACACUUCAAAGAGCAUAAGUUUUCACCAAUAUCCUUCCCUCCAGACACAGACGGUCAGCAGUUUGUCAUGUCAUAUAACAAGAAUACCGAGAGGAGACCUGGUGAUCUAGUUGAGAUGACAACCUGCACAGUUGAACCUUCGAUGGGCUUUGUGAUUGAUUCUCGCAAUUUGUCACAUAUCCCAGCAACCAAUGAUGUUUCAAGAAUUGACAAUGGCACAGUGAUCAAUGGCAAUAAUGAGAAGAACCCAAGCUCUGCUAGCAUGAGUGCGAGGAAUCCUGAGAGUGAUUUCGUAGUUGAUCAGAAGCAUCAAAGUCCAUCAUGGCCACCUAUUUCUGGAAGUGUUUCUGCAAAUGAAAACCACAUGAACUCUGAUAAUCAUUCAACAUGCAGAAGUGGAACACCUCAUGAUCAUGCAUUUCUUCGGGUAUCUGAUAUUGAUGCGCAAACGCAGCCAGUCAAAGUACUUCUUAACAAGAAAGAGAGUGCAGCUAAAGGAGAUAUCAAUCUUGUAAGCCGCAGUUUCACUCCAACUUCUUCUGCGCAUACCUCUUUAUGUAGCAACAUGCCUCAGGCUGACAAGAAAGCUGAUUCUGCUCCGUUGAAUGCUGAUGCCAAUCCCACUUCUGCUUCAGCAGCUAUGAAGGAGGCAAUGGAUUUUGCUGAAGCCCGGUUAAAGGCAGCAAAAGAACUGUUAGAGAGAAAAGGCGACAGUUUUAAACUUCGGAAGAAGCCAAGUCAUCAUAGAAGUACAAGAUCUACAGAAAUCAAGGCUCCUGCACUUGUAGAGGUAGAUACUUCCGAACAAAAGAUAUCAGUGAAAAUUCCAUCGAAAGAAGAAAAGAAUCCUGAGGAUUCUUUAUCAGACAAGCAUAAAAAAUUAAGUGCAGCCAGAUUAGACCAUUUUGAUGACAAUGGAAAAAGGGUACUUCCACUGGAGAAGCCUCAACAGACGAUGCAAACCUGCACUGAGUCCUGUCAAACUUCCAGUAAACUAGAGAAAUUAGGCAAUUGGAGGUCGGGUGAUGAAUUUUAUGAGCUGACCGGAGAUGAUCAGAAAUGCGAAAGUGAUAAAGCCACAGAUGAGGAUGAUAAAUGUAAGCGAACGAGUCCCAUCACAAGUCUCAGCGGUGAUAAAAAAAUUGAAACUGAAUUUAGCGCCGCAGAUUCUGACUUGGACAGGUAUGAAAAACUUUGGGAGGUGAAUGAUGUCAGGGAUGUGGGAGUGAAACAUGUAAAUCUGAGAAAGGACAAUACAUCUUCAGUGGACAGAGAUAGGGGGUCCGUGAUUUUAGAAGCUUCUACAGAAAGUACGGCAAACCAAGAAAUUCAUAAUUCAAAUGUUGAGGGACUUGUAACACUAGAAAAUGCUAAGGAAAGCCAUGAUGAUGAGUGUGUUGAGCUUCCUUCUAUGAAUGAUACCUUGACAAAGCAGGACUUCAUCAAGGAUAUGCCAGAUUCGUUAUCAGAGGCUUGCUCGUCUGGAAACCAUGCCAGUGAUCUUAGGAACCUUUGUAAUAGUAGUCCAAAGGUAAGUCCAGUAGCAGCAACAUCACAAGAGCACACAAACAGUAAACUGGUACUUGAGGUACCAUGUGAUGGUGAGGUGCAAUGCACUUCUGGGAGUAGUGAAAAAUCACAAGAACCUCCAGAAGUAUCUAACGCUGACAUUUCCCAGGGAAGUAACAUUAAAUCAUUGAUUUUAGAAGAACUUGAAGGAUCUUACGUAUGCGAUGCUUUCCCGAGGGGACCGAGUAGAGUUGAGCAGGAAGCUGAAACUUAUGGGAGAGAAAAAUUCAGUUUUAUUUGUGAAUCGCUCCUGCAUAACGAAGACACUAAAAUAAAGGAAGUACUCUCUGAGGAAGUAGAGAAAGUCAAAAUUGAAGAGAAAGUUGGUCCAUGUGCACAUCCUGAAGUGACAGUUGUGGAUCUGGAUGCUGAGUGCCCUGACGAGGAGAUUGAUAUUACUUUACAGAACAAUUUGGCAGACCAUGAAGAACCGAACAUGCUAAACUUAUUUGAGGUAGCCAGCAAGUUGAUUAAAAGGGACCUGGAUCAAGAAAUGCGAGGGUCAUUAGGGCAUGGUGAAGUGGAGAAUGGAAUGCAAGAAGGACCCGAUGAACUCAUCUCUGAUAGUGAAGGCAAAGAAGCAGAAGAAACCCCAUUAGAAAAUAGUGAGAGGACAGGUCCCGAAGAGGGAUCAGCUCAUGGUAACCAGGAGGACCAGAAGUCAUCUGAAAGUACCAACAGAGGACAAAGUGAUGUAGAUGCAAAAUUUAAUACAACUGUCGAUGAAGUUGGCUCUGAAUCCUUUUCAGGAGCUACAAGUGAUAGCACCACCAGAGUGACCAUUAAUUCGGAAGAUGAGCCUGCUUCCUCUUCAGAAAUGUAUACUCACAUGCAGCACUCAACGCAAAAAGAUGAAUCUACUACUUCUCAGACACCUAACAGGAGUGUUCCUGGUCUUGAAAUUGGAGAGGUUUGCGAUGGAGGAGAAAGAGUAUUACCAACAGAAAGGUCUACAUGUGAAGAAAGGAAGAGCAGGGCAGAACAAAUGGAAGAAAAAGACACUACUGCAAGGAUAUCAAAGGCAGAACAUGGGCCAUCUCCCUUGGAGAAGAGUCAUAGUCUACCUAAAUCUGCUGAAGGACCCACCCCAGUUUCUGCUGAGACGUUGAGAAAAGAGGCACUUGGAGUUCUUAGGGCCAAAGAGAGGGAGAAUAUAACAAGAGCAGAAAGUGCAAGUGAAAAGGACAAAGGAUCUUCUCGAAGAAUAGAUGAAGCAAAAGAAAGCGAAAGGAGAUUGGAUAAAGAAAGAGAACUUGCUGAAGAGAAGGAAAGAAGAAAAUUGGAAGAGGAGGAAAGGGAGAGGGAACGGAAAAAGGAUAGACUUGCUGUUGAAAGAGCCACAAGAGAAGCGCACGAGAGAGCAUUUGCUGAAGCUCGUGAAAAGGCAGAAAAAAUGGCUUCGGAAAGGAAUACUGCUGCACGGCAACAGGCACCUGCAGAGGCCAGAGAGAAAGAAGAGAGAGCAAGUGCUGAAGCGGCUGCUGAAAGGGCUAGGUUAAGAGCAGAACGUGCAGCAGUUGAGCGAGCAACUGCAGAAGCUCGGGAGCGGGCAAUAGAGAAGGCGAAGGCUGACAAGGCUCUCGCAGAGGCAAGAGAACGAAGGGAACGAUACAGAUCCUCUUUGAAGGAGAGUUUUAAGUCCACUAAUCAGGAUAUUCGACAGGAGACACAGUUUCAGAGGGCAACUUCUAGUAACUUCAUUAGAAAUCCAGAUUCCAUCAACAAAGCAGUGGUUGAGGUUGAGUCGGCUUUAAGGCAUAAAGCAAGAUUAGAGAGGCAUCAACGCACAUCUGAGCGUGUGACAAAAGCACUUGCUGAGAAGAACAUGCGGGACCUGCUGGCUCAAAGAGAGCAAGCAGAGAAACAUAGGUUGUCUGAAUUCCUGGAUCCUGAGAUCAAGAGAUGGUCAAAUGGAAAGGAAGGAAAUCUGAGGGCCUUGCUGUCCACUUUGCAAUACAUUCUUGGUGCCGACAGUGGUUGGCAACCAGUGCCACUUACAGAUCUUAUUACAGCUGCUGCUGUGAAGAAAGCUUACAGGAAGGCAACCCUUUGUGUCCAUCCAGAUAAAUUACAACAAAGGGGUGCUACAAUCAAACAGAAAUACAUCUGUGAGAAGGUUUUUGAUCUUCUUAAGGAUGCUUGGAACAAGUUCAAUUCAGAGGAGCGCUAGGAUGGAAGCUAAGCAGCUGAUUAUUUUGAGGCGGGAUAUUCGUUAGUAUUUAUAUUUAGGCAUAGCCAUAUUGUUAGCUUGUUCAUUCAAUAUUGAUGUACAUAUGCAGUUCUAGUUCUAGAUAUCAUGUCAGAAACAACUAGCACCAAUGCUGCUCUUACUUGAAUCAGAUCAGUUCAGCAGAAGAGCUCCGCUGCUCCCUGUUUUACCCGGA